CAGCAACGAACUUUGUAUUGUCGCGGCCGAAAGCCGAAUUCGCGUAUUUGAUAUUCAGCGACUUUUACGUUCAACAAGAAGUGAUAUGAAUCGUCUAUAGUGGUUUAGAGUUUUUAAGUAGUUUAAUAGAGACUGGAAGGCGAGAUCAUUUCUCUCCUGAACACAAUCACCAAUGUUUCUCCUGGGUUUUAGUGUUAUAAAGGGCAGGUAGCUCUAUGGCGGCGGAUCUUCUUUCGCCGGGCGAUAUAGUCAGGCAGCGAUGGAAGAUCGUAAGUACGCUUCCUUGACAUUUUAAAGCUGAUUUCCUUGUUUUAUAAGUUCAAGAACGAAACUCGAUCCUUUAUAGAUAAUGGUGGCAGUUUAAGCUGAUUUAACGAUCAUUUUUUGCGUCCAAUUUUCCCCUGGUUUCGCCAGCGUGGCUCAGUCAGUUUUGUUUCGCAAUUAAAAACCUGUUUGGGAAAUCGCGUAUUUGUGCUAUAAACAGCUGAAUCUUCUUUGGAUGUAAACUAAAAUCAAAUACAGGCUUUCCAUAGCAAAUUUAUAAUCUAUAUUCUACGGGGGAAAAGAUUUCGUUUUGUUCACUCGUCGAGUCUUAAACCACACGCAGGAAGUCGAUCGAAAAGAUUUCGUAACGUAGCGAUAUUCAAGCAAAAUGCCGGUUGUAUGAGUCAUCGAGUCAAAUCUCCUACAGUGGUUAAACUAUUGUUAACAUUAGCUGCGCUCAUUUUGUGUUGUUUAUAAUCGUUUUGGGUCCAUUCUGAGAACGUUGACUCAGUUUUAAUCGCGGAAGCAGAAGGCGAAAGGAAAUUACAGCCUUCAGAUUAUUUCCGCUCUGAGAAAUCGUAUGCUCAUAUGCAUUUAUUUUAUCUAGCCAUCUUGUCGAAUGUAAAUAAUGUCGUGAAUGCAUGGCUUGACAGUUCUUAAUAACAACUGGGUUGUGUAAUUUUAAAUGAUAUCGAGUCAACACUUGUACAGACGACGUGACAAUUCUCAUUUCUCUAUAGACUGAAAUGUACAACUUCUAACAAAAACAGACCUAACUAUUCAUGUGAGGGUGCAAGUUUCUUUCAUAUUUUUAAUUCUCUGUGUAUGAUUUUCAAAUAGUACAAAACGUAUAGUCUACAAGGGACUUUGCUGUUUGGCUUUGUUGGGUUAAAGCUGCAAUAUUACAAUAUGCAUAGAGAGCGCGGUCAUGACCUUGUAAGCUUAUAUAUAUGUUUUCUUUUCAUAAACAGGACAAGAAGAUUGGUGGAGGGGGAUUCGGUGAGUGUUUGUUGUGAAAUCAUUUUAAUUUAUAGCAUGAAUAAUGAGUACAGUACGUGUCCUUUCAUAUAUUCAUUGUCACUAAAAAUAAUGCAGUACUUCUAUAAUAAUAUUAGCUAUUGUAAUUCCUUUAUAAAGACAACUAAUUGCAAUAAUUAUUGGAAAACUUGUCAUAAUGUUUAAGUAUCUAGUAAUUUUCUAUUACACCUGCUUAGAGCUGAUUAUUAGCAUUUUUCUUCACAAAUGAACUUUAGUCAACGCAUUUGAGUAAAGUCACCAAUGUCAAUAAAUCAUAACCGAUUUUAGCUACAGUACAAUGAUAUUGCACAUGGUUCAUUCCAGUUCUUCUAUUACUGUAUGUUACUGUAAUUAAGAUUUAAUAGUUCCUAUUGUGUUGGUUAUAAUCCACAAUCUUCUGAGUGUAGUCAAAAUAUCUAAAACCACAAUUUUCCAGAUUAUACUAGCCAUUAUCUUCAUGUAGCCACAGUGACUCCUGCUAACAAUGACUGUAAAAUACUUGCGGCAAUUUUACUUGAACAUGUUUGGUAGCACAUGAGGAGCAUGUGACUUCUGGCAGUAGUUGUUUGUUUGUAAUACAUGCGACCCCAUAAGCAGUUGCCAAUGUAUAGCAAUAAACACAUACUGCUAAAAAGAGUAAUCCUGUAAUCUGGACCAAAUAAGAAAUAAUUCAACUUGGAGUUUUUGUUCGAUUAUUUUGUAAUUAUUUUUUUCAAAAACACAUGUCCCUGAAGAGACAUUAAUAAGGAAUCGCGCCUAUACAAAAUCUUAGGGCAGCAAGCAAUGUUUUAUGUGCACUUUGAACAUGGAGGAUGUGUUAACAGGCAUUAAUAUAAGACUUCACACAAUUUGUUGUGUUGUUGGUUUUUCUGAUGGAGAGAUCAGGUGUAUCUUUCAUCAUCAAUAAAUUUUUGUUUUCGAUUAUGGUGUGUGUGAAUAAAUAAAAUGUUUGUUGACUUACUCAAGCUUACUGUUUAAAUAGUUAUUAGUUUUGCAUAGUGAGCGAAUCAUGUAGUCAAAUACAUUGAAUAAUCAGAUUCAAGUUUGCAAUUUCUUAAAUUCGAAAAUUCAGCAGCAGGUAAAUUAAAACUGAACAAAAAAAUCAUUGGGCAUGAACCUGAUCAUGAAGUGAAACAUUUUUUGGUGGUAAAAAUAAUGAAUGUUAAACAACAAGUAAAGAAACAUUUUAAUCAUGUGAUUGUAAACUUCUGUGAUGUCCUUCCUGCACACACAAUACUAAUGGAGUGGUAAUAUUAAUUCUGGAUGUUUCUGAGAAAGAUUCCAAACUCCUUUGAUGCUCAAGGGACCAAUGUCAUAGAAAUGGCAAUCGUCAUCAGCAGACUUUAAGUGGUGUUGUUUUGUUGUUGAAUUUAGGGGAGAUUUAUGCAGCCCUUGAUCUUGUAAGCAAAGAUUCUGUUGCCCUGAAGGUGGAGUCUGUCAACCAAUCCAAACAGGUCCUGAAAAUGGAGGUUGCUGUGCUCAAGAAACUGCAAGGUAAUUUUCUUUUCUUUCUUCACUAAAGGAAGGCAGUGGAAGUUGUUUGGUGAAGUGGAUUAAUGGUAGAUUAGACUUCCUAUCUGCAGUUGUGGUCAGGUUUCUGAACCAUUAAUUCCCACUGCUGGACUGCUAAUAAUUCAUUUUGAAAGCAGUUUAUUUAUAUCUCACUUGGUCACCAUUUUAGUUGGAAAAACCAGAAACAUUGUCAGGUUUAAUACAUUAUAUUGACUUUUUCUAAAUAUACAUUAAAGACCUUGGCCAAUAUCUAGCCAACCUGACGUCAAUUUGAUGCUUGGUCAAUAAUGAAUAAUAAUAGAAAAAUAUAUGUAUUAUUUUUCUGUGCAUUAUUUUAAAAAAAAAAUUAGGAUAGGUUCCAUUUUUAGCUGGUAUAAACUGCAUCAUUUUCUGUGAAUUUAAAGUUUUUUAAAAUUUCGAUGAGCAUCAAGACAGUGCUAGUCUAAUCCAAUUAUUGUUAUUGUUUUUUAAAGGUUGUAAUAAUGUCUGCAAGUUUAUAAGCUGUGGCAGGAAUGAAAAUUUCAACUACUUGGUGAUGUCUCUACAAGGCGGUAACCUAGCUGAUCUGCGACGGAGUCAGCCCAAGGGAGUGUUCUCUCAGAGCACCAUGUUACGACUUAGUUUUCAGAUUCUUAAGUCCAUAAAAUCCAUACAUGAAGCUGGAUUCCUACACAGGGACAUUAAACCAGUAAGGAUAUUGUUUGUGCAAAUCAGGGCUUGAAAAAAACUAGAAUUCCAGCUCGUCCUUUGGGAAAGCAGCUGUCACAGUUUGCCUGCCCAGGGCCACUUCUUGCCUGGACCUUGCCCAUUGGGCAAGUGAGCUUUGAAAGUUACUUUCCCGGGAACAAAUAUCUACUUGUACUGGACUACUGGAUGGGACUUUUUUAAAAAAAUAAUACACCUUGGCAACUAAAAACAGAAUUACAUUAACUUACAGUGGAACCCCGUUAAUACAGUAACCAAUGGGUAAAAAUAAAUUGGCUGUACUAUCCGGGCAGGCUCAAAUUAAUUUUUAUGACUUGAGGACCAUAAUGACAAAAUACACCGUACAUUGUGUUCACAUUUCUUGAACAACUGUUCUCAUUUAUAAACAACCAAAUAAAGAUAUCGAGUACAGUAAAAACCUGCUCAAAAUUUUCCUUCAGUAAAUAAAACACUUUUAAACUUCACCUUCAAAAUCGCAACAAGUGCACUUUUUGUUUACUGCAGUCUGAAAACAGUUCAAGAACAGGCUCAGAGUACUGCAGGUCGGUAAAAUUGACAUGCCACAGGCAUUUUAAUUUUCUAUAUUUCAAACAAGUGGCUGUAUUUACGGGGUGAAAUUAUAAGAGAUUCUACUGUUUGGGAUUUUAAAAUGUGGCCUUGGCCUUAUUAAUGGGUGACCACAUUAACGUUUUUUUUUUUAUAGAGAAAUGUAUGGCUGUUUUGCCAGGCCAAAAAAAAGUGGCUGUAAUUACUGAGGUGACCGUAAUGUGGGAUUCCACUGUACUUAGAACAGGAGAAGUAAUUACCUAGUGCUAAUGGCGAUAGAAUAAUAAUUUAUUAUAGUGAACUAACUUGCAUUUACUUGGUUUAUUUGUUUGCAGUCCAAUUUUGCUAUGGGUACAACUCCAGAAAUGUGCCACUCAUGUUUUAUGUUGGACUUUGGCUUGGCAAGACAGUACGUCAAGAGUAGUGGAGAAGUUAGAGCAGUGAGUAAACUGUUAAUAUCUCUUUAAUUCUGUUCAAAUCUCCAGUAUCAAAGUGUUGCCUAUGUUGUUUUUUGUCUGUGGUGUCUUUCCAGUGAUCAUGUACGACUACUUUUACUUCCCUGAGCUCCCUUGUUAUUUCUGACAUAGUAAAAUUUUUCAUUUCUUCAAGGCAAGGAACUCAGCAGGUUUCCGAGGCACUGUGCGCUAUGCUUCAAUAAAUGCUCAUGAGAAUAAGGUGUGUGUCACAUUCACUGCUGUUAUCAAUGAAGAAUGAAAAAAGGGCUUUUAAUGAAUGUGUUGUUUUUUGUUCAUUGACAUACCCCAUCCCAAACUAUCCUGAAAAAUAUGCAACACCUGUAAUCUUUGCUAGAAUUUAGUGAAUGGUAAAUUCAUACUUCCAAAAGGUUUAAACCCUAAAAAUAUGCAUAGCUGGAGAAGUCUCUCUAGUACUUGUUUGCGAAAAUAGCACAUAUAAAUUCGUUUUCAGUUUGGUGUGUUUAUUUGGCAGGAAAUGGGACGACAAGAUGACCUGUGGUCAUUCUUUUACAUGAUGGCAGAGUUUGCCAUUGGGCAUCUUCCAUGGAGAAAAAUCAAGGAUAAGGUAUGCGUGCUUUCAAUAAAACUUGUCAGCUACUUCACCUUAAGAAGCUGGCUAUGUUUUUCCCUUAAUUGACAGAAGUAAAACAGGGAAGGAUUCUUUCAAACGUUAUUGAUUCUGCUUGUUACCCUACUCAAACCAGGUGUCCAUUGUCAAGUUUGAUGUAACGACUUUAGUUGUUGAAAGCGUUGUGAUUUGAUCAUAUCCUUUAGUGUGUUAUGAUGAAUUUGAAACAGAAGAAAAUAAGUUAAGCCAAGGAUAAAACUGAACCACAACAAGUACAAAAUAAAAUUGCCCAAAUUAAUUGAUUACCAUAACUUUCUGUGUUUUGUAUAAGGAACAAGUUGGCAAGAUGAAGAAGAACUACGACCAUCAGUUGUUUUUGAAAUCGCUGCCUACAGGCUUCAAACAGUUCCUGGAUCACAUUAGCAAGCUGAAAUAUGAAGAUAAGCCAGAUUAUAAGGUGGGGCUUGAUUUUUGGUUAGUUUAGCCUAUUUACAAUACCCUUUGUGUUAUCUUUUUCUUCAUUAUUCAUUGUCAGGUUGCACUAGAUUAUCACCAAGGUUAUAAACCAUUUCUGAGUUUGCAAAACUCUCACUUUCAAAGUCAGGCUAAGUGCAAAACCUUUCUUGUGAAAAUGAGUUUUAUUUUCAUAAGAAUUAAAAUUUCAUUUUUAUUUCAGUGGCUUUGUACUUAGCCUCGCUUCGAAACAAAGACUUAGGGCAACUCAAAACUAUAGCAUAUUCCACUCUUUGUAGAUGUUGAUUUCAAUCAUUGAAAAAGCCAUUGCAAAAAAGGGAAUUAAAGAGAGUGAUCCAUUUGACUGGGAAAAGACUCCUGGCGAUGCCUCACAGGCAACCACAACCACAAGUACCCCACCCAUGGGACAGAUCUAUACCACACCGGUAGACAACAAGGCUGGCCUUCCAAACCUGCACGGAUCAGAGAGAAUAUCCACUGUUGACAUGCUGGAGGCUGAUCCCAGUGAGCAUGGCAAUGAAGCAAAUAAGAAAGAGAAUGGAGUCAAGAAUGGGAAUGCUAAGAACAAGUUGGGCACAUCAGACAGAGGAGUAAUUCAGAAGAUCAGGGAGGUUUUGGACGCUGUGGAGAAGGAGAAUGGUCAUUUUUUGAAGCCACAAAGUGUUUAUGGGCUUCAGAGGGCCGUCAAGCAGGUAUGUGGAGCGGAAGAUUAUUUUCUUUUUUAGUUUGUUGGAAGAAAAAGUGAAUAAUUGUUAUUGUAAUACUUAUCAUUGUGAUUGGCAAGAAUUCAGCAUUGUUGAACAUUGUGUUAGUUUAUUAAGCUUUGUUUUACCUUACCAAAUGGAAUGGAAGAGCAGCUACAAUCUCUGCUAGACAUCAACCUUUUUGCACCAAAAAGGGGCCAAAGUCAAAAUUCUGUAGUCAAAAAUCGUAAAUUUCUUUUUGUAACACGCUAAAAACAACAGCAUAAUACUUUUGAAAGUACUUUCAACUCUCCCUAAACAGACAUCUCUGUGAGACAGGCAGCUGGUGUUAGUAAAUUCCUUUUUGUAAAACACCUAUAUCAACUGCAUAAUGCAAUUGAAAGUACUGCCAACUCUCCCUUAACGGCCAUUUCUCUGAGACAGACAGCUUGUGUUAGUCCUUGUCGUUUUUCAGUCAGUUAAUGGUGUUAGCGUGAGGUGUGACGUUAUGAAUAUAUUAACACUUCUGAAAUCAAAGGAUUUGUUGAUAUAUAUCUUCCAAGAGAAAAAGACGACAAUGCCCCCUUGUCUAAAAUCAGCGUGUCAAUGCAAAUUGACGGUUAGAUAUUAACACUGUUAUGCUCUUAAAUGCGUGCACACAAAACCGUCUAAAUUUAACUUGAAUGGUGACAUCAUGAUCCAAGUUAAAUUUAGCAGGAUUUGUGAGGAGUCAUCAGAGCAUAUCAGUGUCAAACUGCACGCAAUAGACCGUGCGAGGUCUAUUUUCUUUCUUCACAGCCACGCGUUGCGAGCGAAAAAGCUGAUAAUGUAAUUUGACGGUAAAAAGCAGAAGAGAUUGGGGCGGAGAGAUGAAAAGGGGUUAUUUUCUUGUUUUUUCGUUUUUGCUUUUUUCACUUGGGCUUCCGCCCUCGUUCCACGCGGGUCCCUGCUCGACCCUCACGCGUGUUCGCGAUCUACUAAAACUCGAAAGACAAAUAAGGGGCUGCCUUUAAGGCUGCUUUCAAUCUAUGCACGCAAGCAUGCGUAGUUCGUCUUCCUCUUUCUAAUUAUCUCAACGGAUUGAAGAAGUUGACAAAUUAUAGAAAAAUUUUCGUUUUGGACCAAUUUAUCAGUCCUUAACCAAGAGCGUUUUUCUUUUUUGACAGGAAAAGCCGAUGAACGGAGAAAUAAAUGUGGAAACGCCGGCGAUGAUCUCGGCUAUUGUGCAGGAUGUUCAGAGAGCACAUCUCAAUAAAAAUAAUGAAAAACUGAACAAACCUGCCGACUACAACGCGAUCGACAUCAUACCAAUUCCACAGAUUCAAAUAAACAGUGAAAAAAAUGACAAUGAAGAUCGUUCACAAGAAAUUGUUCCUGACCCUCGUGGGAUGCAUUACCAGGAAACAGCAACAAACCAACCUUCCGUGGAGCUAGGGAUGGAGUUGGAAAAUGAAGACGAUGGUGGGCUUGAAAGUCCACAGCGAAUGACCCCACUUCAAGUAGGUAAUGGUGGAUCUGACUUCAGGAAAGAAGGAACUCCCUCUACGAUACCCGUUUCUAAGGAAUCUCCCUCCCCGGGUGCCGGUGCCCCGGCUACCCCUAUUCCCCUCAUAAGGGAGCCUGCUUUAGCGGAUUCCAAUCCAGAAGCUGCGAAGGAGGAGCCGGAGGAGGGAUUUGUGUCUCCUUGGUCGCCGGGUGUCUUUGAUGACCAGCCCGUUGUAUACAUGCCCCCUCCGGUCGUAGAAACGGAGAACGAUGAGGAGCUAGAGGAACUCGCUAAUGUAGGUAGAACUGAGCGGCAACUGCCUAUGGGUAGUAGCCAUCAUUUGUCCGCCAUGUUUGAACAUCAUCAUCACCAUGACGACAUUAAGAAGCUCGUGCGCGACCUUCCGCUGGAUUCUGAACCCGUGCGACACAGCAGCGAUGAGAGGAAAACCCACGACGAAGUGAGCAGUCAUAAGCUGGACCACAAUUCGCAAGGGAACUCGCCCGAGCCCCCUCCCCAGGCGAAACCUCCGAGUCUGUUCCGUGUACCUUCAGUACUAGAACAAAUGGUAGAUGAACCACCUGCUGAGGAGGCUGGGAAGGCAAGACCUGGGGCACUCUUCCGGGUACCCUCAGUACUGGAACAGAUGAUGGAUGAAGAGCCUAUUGUCGCCAGACACGACGAACCCCCAUUAACCCCCCCUGACGUGGAUGAAUACAAGCUCGAUUCUGCUGAGUUUGCUUCAGACAAGCAGGAGGGGACCAGGUCAACCCACUCACACCACGCCCUUCACGUUGCUGGCUCCCAUGCGAUGGGUGUCACCACGUGUCCGGAUAUUCAUCACAGUGAAGCAGAGUUUGUGUUAGGAGACACUGAAGGAGCACAUGUCGCAGAAGACGUGUCAUCCUUGUCUGAAGAUUCUGUUUGUGAGGACGUCGACUCCCCAAGGGAUGAAAAUAAUUAUACCGAGUUUUCUGUCGAUGAUAAUCCGGCCGAAACCAAUCAAGACCUUCCUUCGAAAGGCGAUGAAAGGUUAGAUGAGGCAAAACUGAACAGCCCUUCCACAAAUGGUGAUCAAGAGAAUAAGGUAGUUUGUGAGGAGGAACGAGUCAGUAAGAUAUCAUCGCUGGAAGAGAAAGAGAGCGAAUCUGAUAAAAAUAAAGUAAAUGAGGACACGCGUAGAAAUAGUAUAUUUUAUAUUGGUAAUCAGAGUGAAGCCGACUCUGAAAAUAGCGAACUAUCAAGUCAUAGAGAACAGAAAGAAGACGAUAACUUCUACUCGGAAGGAAACCGUGAAAAUGUAGUCGAAAAUCAUAAUGAAACUGGAGAGAACGUAGGUGCGGCUAAAAGCGAGUUUGCAGAAGAGAGUCCUGUGAAAGGUGCAGUGCCGGAUUUGCUGGCGGCAGAGCCCAGAAUACCGAGCCUAAACGAGCUCUAUGGAGGAGGAGGAGACAAAGACGAUGUUCAGCAAGAUGCAGCUGAGGACGUUUAUGAUGACUACUGGGCGAUUGAACCCGACGAACCCGCGCAUCAUCAGGAGUUUGGUAACCUGGAUGAGGUCGAGGCUGAAUCUCAUCAUCGAGACUCGCUUCUAAGACCCAAACCUCCGCCGGGCAGAUCAGAACGGGGAUGUAUUUCAGCGAGGUAGGCUGUAAAAAGUUUCGAUCUAGUGCGUUAACUUAUUAAGUAAAAACACUUAAACAACUCCUGGGCUGCGGCAAAAGGUUAACUUUGACUUGGACCAAGGAGUCUAAGUCAGAAUAAGACGGCUGCCUUGUCCUUAGGCGUCUCAAGUGUUUGGUAAAAAGCGCGACUGCAAGUGAGAAAGGAGCAUCGCGCAAUGGAUCAUGGAAACGUCAAGUGUUGGCGCAAAGUACGCUGUAAUGGGUUGACGAAUGAAAAUGAGCCCUUUCCAUGAUCCCUUGCUCGAACCAAAAUCGCCCCAGUCGCUCUCGAUUAUGAAUCUGCUAGAACGCGCCUGGCUACGAGGUAGAUAAGACGGCGUUCACACAGAGCCGAGGGAAAAUGAUGGAAAAUGUUUUUAGACAUGCGGCCAUGACAAAACUGGUUGGUACCUUGAAUAGGGUAGUCUGCUACAGAGCCGUUUUUAGUGUCGUCACGCAACGCUCCUCCCUACUAAGUGGGGAGGAGCGUUGCGUAACGACACUAAAAACGGCUCUGUAGCAGACUAUGAAUAGGGUAGUCAGUCUAUACUCUGAGCAACGCAAGUUAUCCAUGACUGCAGUAACAGCGUUGUGGGUAGAUUGAGAAAACAUCCGACACUUCGCGACGCCGCCACUCGUUUUCCCGCGAAGUGACGUCGGAGAAAGGAGUGCAGCAAUUCCAUACUGAUGACGCGACGGCACCCAGAUGUGGAUGAUGCUUCUGAUUGGCGGAAAAUUUGCUUCCACCAAUCAGACGCACUACCCAGAUCUGGGAAGUGAACGACAUCAGUAUGGAAUUUCUGCGCUCGUGGUUUCGCGCGGAAACCAGUGUAGGCGUCGCGAAAUGUUGGCUGUUUUCUCAAGCUACGUUGGGGGCCUAUUCGUCUUUCUUAUCACUACACCUACUGACUUAGCAUCCCUGACGAUAGUUUUCUGUCAUUGUAAGGGCUUUGAGUUUUGUGAAUUGUUGAAGCACAACCUGCAGGAUGAAUUAAAUGAAUAUUUGUCUUGUCUUCUGUAGAUUACGCCGUUACAAGCCGAGCAAAUCUCGCCUGGAUUUCAUUCGUCCUUUGGUUGCCAUAAGCGACAAGCCUGUGGUAAUUUGAAGCCAGAGAGUAAGUGGAAGGGCAUUGUACCUGUUAGGUUUCCCUUUAUUUUUUUUCCCUUCAAUUUUAUUUUCGCUCCGAAACUAAAAAGAAACACCAUGGAUUCUUCUUAGAAAAAGGACGGUAAAAUUACGAAACCUGGAAAAUUUAAGCGGUGAUGCUUGCUGUGGUGGUAGCAUUAUCUAGUGCGAACCCCAGUAUUCGCACAAAACGAUAAACAAAUGCCAAAAAAAUAAAACACAAUAAACUGAUGAAAAAAGCAAAAUUUUCUAAGUUUGUCGUUUCCGGUGAUUCACGUUGAUCCGAGUCCUCUAUCAUAAAUCGUCUUUGAUAAAUAAGGGUUUAUUAUUUUCUCAUUUUACCAAACUAACAUUAACAUUUAUGGUUGCCUUUAAUUUCUAGAGAAUUUUGUUCAUUGGGUCAAAAUGACACAAAUGUACUCUUUCUGGAAGGAUCGAUGGUUUUUUUUCUCUGAACAAAAAUGUAAAUUUGAGAAUUUCGA